AUGGAUACUGCUCGUGAUGAUGCUAUUGAUCAUAUUGAUGGGCUACACCAUGAAACUCUGAAUGAAGAGAGCGAAGAAGAAGAUGAAAAGGUGGAAAAAGAAUCAAAACAAAAACCUGUUCACAAUGAAACUGAAAGUGUUGAAGAAAUCAAUAAAGAGCCUAAAGAGACAGUUGCAACUGAAGCUGGAACUGAUGUGGAAAUUCCACAAAAAGUUCCAAAGUUGGCAGAUUUUGAAGAGGAAGAGUUGACUAGACCGGAAGAUUCAGUUAAAGAUGAUAAGGAUACUGAGGUAAAGGCCACAGAUGAAUCUGAGGCAGCCGUGGAUGCUGAAGAAUCCAGUCGUACUGGUAAAGCUCAAUCCGCUAAGAGUGAGGUUGAGAAUCCCAAAAAGAAAGAGACAGAAGACACAAAACCUUUGAAGUCAAUUCCUAAAGCAGAAGAACCAGUUGAGGAUAAGACUGAAAAAGUUGAAAAGUCUACUGAAACUACAACAUCUAAAGCUGUUGAAAUACCAGAGGAAACUCCAUCAACCACUAAAGCAUCAACUGAACAAGAAACCGUGGAUACCGAAACUGGUCAAAAUGUUGAUAUCCCAAAAGAUGAAGAAGAUGUAUUGACAGAUCGGAAAGAUGACAACACAACUGAACCUGAAAUUUUGCCAAAAGAUGCAUUAUCAACAGUUGUUCCAGGUGGAGUGAAAGAGGAAGCUGAACAUGCAGUUGAAGAUGAAGCCAAAGAAGAACCAAUUGAGCCUAAAGAAACAUUAGAACAGCCUGAUCAAGAAAAGCAAGAGGAAGCUAUAGAGAAAUUAGACGAGCAGAUUUCAAAGGAAGCUGACUCAAAACCUGGUAAAAAGGAAGCCGAGGUCCAUGUUCCUGUGAAGAAGGAAGAAGAAGAAGAAGACGAAAAUCAAUCAAUCAAAAUAACCCCAACUACGGAUUAUGAAGAAUCUGAUGUUCCUGUUAAAGUUGAUGAUGAAGCUGAAAAUGAUGAGGCCAAUUUAUCCAAAGGUGUUUCAGCAUUGAAAGUUGAUGACGCGGCAGGUGAAGCUGAAAGAUUGAUUAAAGAACUUGAAGAUGCCAUUGAUGACGGUGAUGAAUCAUUAACAAGUGCUGCUUCAAAAGAGAAGACAAUCGAUACCGAAGAAGCUAAACCUACUGAAACCAAACAGGAGGUCGAAUCAGUUGCUAAAGAUCUAUCAAAAAUUGUAUCAAAGGAUAAAGGUGACUCUGAAAUCAAUGUUGUUAAUAAAGAAGCUACUAAAACAACUGAAGAAACACCAAAAGCUGAACAGCCUGAAGAGAUUCACGAACCAACAAAGGAUGAAAUUAUUGAGCUUUUGAAAAAUGAACCUGUUUAUAUUUACACUUCAUUAGCAGGGGGUGGGUUCCAUAUGCCAACUAGAACCAACAAACUAGCUACAAUUUUAACUGGUAAUAGAAUCCCAUUCACUUAUAGAGAUCUAGGAACUGAUGAACAGGCCAGAAAUGUUUGGCGUCGUUAUGGUAGAGGUCGUUUGUUACCUGCUGUUGUUCGUGGUAGCGAUGAUAUAAUUGGGAAUUGGGAAGAGAUUGAAGAGGCAAAUGAGGAUUACAGAGUUAGAGAACUUAUAUAUGAAACUUUAUAA